AGAGUUUUAAUAUCAAACUCAAAAGCAACUUAUUAAACUACCAACUUCCUUCAAUUUUACUUCUCCAUUUCUCUCUCUAGCUUACCAUCUCUCUAAAACUCAAACCCUAUUCUCUCUCUUCUUUGAUCUGAGCCUGAGCUUCGUCUUCAGCUGACUGCAGCUUAGAAUUCAGUUCUUGUGGGUUUAGUCAACUCAAGAAUGGCUUAAACUCUGCUUCUUUUUGGAUCUCUCAGUUUCUUGCUGAUUUUUAGUGACUUUUACUACUGGCGUGUAUAGCAUCAAUGACAGAAGGCAGUAAAUUCUGUUUUCUCUUGGCUUCCACUUUCCUGUUGUUGGCUGUUGUCGUUAAUGUGACGUUGGGUCAAAAUUCUGCACCUGGUGAUGAUAUUCUGUUGAACUGUGGAGGUCCUGACGGUCUUAAAGAUGCCGAUGGUCGAAAAUGGGGUUCGGAUAUUGGGUCAACAUAUUUGAAGGGUAGCAAGUCGUCAACCUCUGAUGCUGCUGAUCAAAAGCCCUCUGUCCCUCAAGUCCCUUUUAUGUCUGCCCGUGUUUUCCAGUCUGAGUUCACCUAUAGUUUCCCUGUAGCACCUGGUCGUAAGUUUGUCCGUCUGUAUUUUUAUCCCUCGUCUUACAACAAGCUUAAUGCCACCAAUGCCAUUUUCGGUGUGACUGUUGGACCAUAUUCCCUCCUUAGAAACUUCAGUGCAGCACAAACUGCUGAAGCUCUCAACUAUGAUUACUUGACCAAGGAGUUUUCAAUCAAUGUUCCAUCUGAAACUUUGAACAUGACUUUCACACCCUCUCCAAAUACUUCAAACUCCUUUGCGUUUGUCAAUGGGAUUGAGAUCAUUUCACAUCCCGAUAUCUAUAAUACAGAGGACGGAACUACCUUCAUCGUGGGUCAGACGGCUGCUUUCAUUAUUGACAAUUCUACUGCCCUUGAGAAUGUUUACCGGCUUAAUGUUGGAGGCAAUGUGAUCUCACCAUCAGCUGAUACCGGUAUGUUUAGGUCAUGGAGUGAUGACUCACAGUAUAUAUUUGGAGCUGCCAAUGGGGUUACAGAUACUGCAGAUGAUGAGAAUGUCACUGUAAGCUAUCCUGCAGGAGCGCGAUCUGACAUUGCCCCGCUUGAUGUCUAUAAGACAGCCAGGUCAAUGGGUCCAACUGCUCAGAUUAACCUGCAAUACAAUUUGACUUGGUUUUUUUCAGUUGAUUCCGGAUUCUCUUAUCUUGUUAGGCUCCAUUUCUGUGAAAUCACUAUGAAUAUCACAGAAGUCAACCAAAGGGUGUUUGUCAUCUAUAUGAAUAAUCAGACUGCGGAACCUGCAGCAGAUGUCAUUGCUUGGGUUGGAAGCAAUGGGGUUCCUUUCCACAAGGAUUACGUGGUCUCUGUCCAUUCUGGGGCUCCACAGCAGGAUCUUUGGCUUGCCCUCCAUCCAGACGUUGCUUCAAAAUCCAAUUGGUAUGAUGCAAUUUUGAAUGGAGUAGAGAUUUUUAAAGUGAAUGACACCAACGGAAACCUCGCAGGGCCUAAUCCUGUUCCAGUGCCAGAACCAGAUCAUAUUGACCCUCUGCCAUCCAAAAAAGGUCAAUCAAAAAGUAAUAAAUCAGCUAUUGGUGGAGGUGUUGGAGGUGGAAUUGCUGCCGUAAUUCUUAUCGGUUUGGUUGUAUGCCUUGUCACCCGCCGUCGUAAACAUGGGAAGGUCCAAAGUCCAAGUGAUGGACCAUCAGGCUGGCUCCCUUUAUCUUUAUAUGGAAAUUCACAUACUUCUGGUUCUGCUAAGACAAACACUACAGGCAGUUAUGCUUCGUCCCUCCCAUCAAACCUUUGUCGUCACUUUUCAUUUGCUGAGAUCAAGGCAGCCACUAAUAACUUUGAUGAAUCUCUGCUUCUUGGGGUGGGUGGUUUUGGCAAAGUAUACAAGGGAGAAAUUGAUGGUGGCACAAAAGUUGCUAUCAAACGUGGGAAUCCUCUCUCUGAGCAAGGUGUUCAUGAAUUUCAAACUGAAAUUGAAAUGCUCUCCAAACUUCGCCAUCGCCACCUUGUUUCUUUGAUUGGUUAUUGCGAGGAGAACUGUGAGAUGAUCCUUGUAUAUGACUACAUGGCUCAUGGUACCCUUCGUGAGCAUCUCUACAAGACCCAGAAGCCUCCUUUACCUUGGAAGCAGAGGCUUGAUAUUGGCAUUGGUGCUGCUCGUGGAUUGCACUAUCUUCAUACUGGUGCCAAGCAUACUAUUAUCCACCGUGAUGUGAAGACCACUAAUAUCCUCUUGGAUGAGAAGUGGGUGGCAAAGGUUUCUGAUUUCGGGUUGUCUAAGACAGGUCCUACAUUGGAUCACACCCAUGUCAGCACCGUGGUGAAGGGCAGUUUUGGAUAUCUGGAUCCAGAAUACUUCAGAAGGCAGCAACUCACGGACAAAUCUGAUGUCUACUCAUUUGGUGUAGUGCUGUUUGAGCUUUUGUGUGCUCGGCCAGCAUUGAACCCAACUCUUCCCAAGGAGCAAGUGAGCUUAGCUGAGUGGGCAUUCCAUUGCUACAAGAAAGGCACUUUUGACCAGAUAAUUGAUCCAUAUCUGAAAGGGAAGAUUGCACCAGAAUGCUUGAAGAAAUUUACAGAGACAGCAGUGAAGUGUGUGUCUGAUGUUGGUGUCGACAGGCCCUCAAUGGGAGAUGUGCUUUGGAACCUUGAAUUCGCUCUGCAACUUCAGGAGAGUGCAGAAGAAUGUGGCAAAGGUUUUGGAAAGAUGGACAUUGAAGAAGGCUUUGAUGUCACAUGCAAAGGAAAGAAGGAUUUAAAUGAAUCCACAGGUUUUGAUGCGAGCAUGACUGAUUCAAGAAGCAGUGGCAUAUCCAUGAGCAUUGGCGGCCGCAGCCUUGCCAGUGACGACUCAGACGGGUUAACACCUAGUGCUGUUUUCUCUCAAAUCAUGAAUCCAAAAGGACGCUAAAAUCUCAAAACUUGAAAGCAAAUACAUAUUGCCACUGGUCAUCUAUAGCUCGUUAAGGCAAUGUGCUAUCGGCCCCUUACCAGCGGAAGUCACUUUUUCCCUUUCUCGUACUGUCUUAUUCUUUUACUCACUAUUUAUUUUUAUGAUUCAUAUGUUAUCUUUAAACUCUUUUGUAAGUUGUAUCUACCAAUACUCGGAAGUGUGAAAUAAUUUUUCGUUGUACUAUUAACUAAUGAAGAGGUUGUUCAAUGUGACAUUAA